AUGAGUGACGUUCCACCAUGCUUAAGCCUCAAACUCGGUGCUAGGUGUAACUUAGACAUUGUCGUUAGCAAACCGGUACUGUCAGCAUCCACAGAUAUGAUGUCAGAACAAAAAGAGUCCAAGCCGGCUCCAACGAAGAAAAUCGCCCGGGAUAUUCAUGUUCGUAAUCAACGCCGCGAUUAUGAUGAGGGUGAUGAAGAUCAGGGUAGUAUCAAUUGCAGCAGCGUUGGGCUUCUGCGCUCUGUGUUUGGGAGCAGAAGCGGUAGUAAAAAACGUAUGACUGGUAGAACUGGAAACCAAGGAACGUCGUUGUACUCUUUGAGCCACUUUCCCCGUGCUACAAUCUCGGGUGAGGCUACGAACGCUCCAGUACGUCAUCUCAGUUGUGGUUAUUGUAGCAAAAAUCCCGGCUACUUGUUGUUCAGGGGUGGUGAGGAUUGGAAUCAGCUUGAGUUGAGCUGCCACUCGCUACAUCUUGACCUUUUCUGGCCGGUUGUAACAGAAGGUAUGAAAAUAGAGAAGGAAGGAAACAAGGAGAGAAUGAAGGAUCAGAUGAAUGAGAAAAAUAGAACGAAAGACAACGGAAACGAGAGGCGGAAGGAAAAAGUUGAUGGGGAAAUGGUUAACCCCUUCGGCGACGAGUAUGAGAUCGUUGCCUCCAACGAUGAUGAUGAUGGCAUACUCCCACUCGAAGCCAUGGGACCGCUCUGCAGCUUCCGCAAAUUGCGUUUCCUAAGGCUUACAGGCAUGAGCCAAUCAUACCAAAAGUACAUCUGGCAGGUUGCCUGGCUGAAUCCCGGCCUUGAGACUUUGGAGCUGGAAAUGAUGUUGGAGCCGUGCAUCCGACGCGCAUUUUCCAGCUGGCCAUAUAUCAAAGGGGGCUGGAUUCAACGCAGCAAGCCCGAGGCGGAGAGAAGCUCAUAUUAUGGUGACGAGGGACAGGGUAUUCUCCACCGCCGAGCAGGCAUAGGCGAAUACCUAGACAAAUAUUCUAUUGUGCAUGCAAAAGCUCGCGCGGCUCAGAUGGGAAGUACCCUCCACCUCCUGCCGGUGGUCAAACUCUCCCUGACCGGCUUCGUCGUUGACGCGGACCCUUUUCAUCUCUUUAACCCGCACCGCCUCCGUCUGAUCAACUUCAAGAACAACUGCGUCGAUGCAGGCUUUGCGCUGCCGGAGAGGAUGCGAGAGCAAGUUGUUGUCUCCUGGCCGAAAAUUUUAUCUGAGCAAGCCAUUGUUGCUAAACGGGUCAACUACGGGGAAAUCAAGCGGGUAGAUUGUGGUUCGAAGGUGAAGAAGGUAGCAGAUAACAAACAAGCAAAUUGCUCAGCAGCUACAGCAAAAGCAACAACAAUGGCAAAAGUAUCAAACAUAGGAGCAGGAGCAGAAAGUGGGAAAUCAAUGGCGGUGGUACUGCACAAGGAGGCCAGCAUCGCCACGCCGAACUUCUCAUACCCGAAUCCCCGCGCGCCUGUGGCCAGUCCGAAGUGCGCUGCCAGACACACAGCAGCUGCAGAGUAUACGGGUAAGGGUAAGAUUAAACAAAGAGAUGGGAACAAACUAUGCAAUAAAGACCUGGGGGAGCAAGUCAAGAAGGACAGGAUGAGGUUGUUUUCGUCGUGGAAGAAGGCCAAGAGCUGA